GAGUGGGGUGAGGAGGAAGCAAACCCUUGUCGGGGGAGGCGUGUUACCGUCCCCAAAAACACUCUGCGUGAAUUCUGACCAGCAGCAGCCCUCUAACCCCAUCUGGCCCGGGCCGGGAUUCCUAGUGGCUCUGGUCCCACAGGCUGAGCCUCACUCACCCCGAGCCUCGUUUUUUCUCUUCUGGCGAAUGGGCACUGGCCUUCAUCAGGCUCCCAGGAGCAUCAGCGCAGGCCCUGAGCCAGGCCAUCCCACCCCGGGCCCUGGGGACACCAAUGACUCAGACGCCAGCAGCAACCCAGAUGGGGGAAGACGCAGAGAAAGGGUGAUCAGAGCUGGAAUGGGGGACACUGCAGGCAGAAGGGAGGCCCAGAGGAGGCGCCAGAACAAGAACAAGCCUGGGCCAUCGGAGAAAUAUGAGCUGAGAGCAGAUGGCCCCACCAGCAUGGGCAGUCUCGCGUACCGAGAAGACCUUGACGAGGAGAAGAACUCAGAGUUCACCUGGGAGGUGCAGGCCAACAACCGGGCCUACAACAGCCAGUUCAAGGAGAAGGUCUUUCUGUGUUGGCAGAGAAGGAAGUAUAAGAAGAACAUCAUCCACACGGCCAAGUACAAUGUCUUCUCCUUCCUGCCCUUGAACCUGUAUGAGCAGUUCCAACGCUUUUCCAACCUCUACUUCCUUCUCAUCAUCCUCCUCCAGGGCAUCCCCGAGAUCUCCACGCUGCCCUGGUUCACACUGUUCACCCCGCUCGUCUGCCUCCUCACCAUCCGGGCCAUCCGAGACCUGGUGGAUGAUAUUGGGAGACACAGGAGUGACAAGAUCGUCAACAAUCGGCCAUGCCAGAUCCUAAUGGGGAAGAGCUUUCUGUGGAGAAAAUGGAAGAAUCUACAUGUGGGAGACCUGGUCUGUCUGCAUAAAGACAGCAUUGUCCCGGCUGACUUGGUUUUGCUGGCCAGCACAGAGCCCAGCAGCUUGUGCUAUGUGGAGACGGCUGACAUCGACGGGGAGACCAACUUGAAGUUCAGGCAGGCCCCAAUGAUCACGCACCACGAGCUGACCAGUAUAAGGAAGAUAGCCUCCUUCCAAGGGAAGGUGGUGUGUGAGGAACCCAACAGCCGAAUGCACCACUUCGUCGGGUGCCUGGAGUGGAAGGGCAAGAAAUACCCCCUGGAUAGUGGCAACAUCCUCUUGCGAGGCUGCAAGGUCCGGAACACAGACACCUGCUAUGGACUGGUCGUCUAUGCCGGUUUUGACACAAAAAUCAUGAAGAACUGUGGCAAGAUCCAUCUGAAGAGAACCAAGAUAGACCAUCUGAUGAACAGACUGGUGGUCCUGAUCUUUGUGUCCAUGUUGGUGGUUUCCGCAGUCCUGACCUUUGGCUUCUGGCACAAGGUGAAGGAGUUCAAGGCCAAUCACCACUACGUGUCUGCCGUGCACAUGCGCAGUGUGGCUAUGGAAGCCUUCUUCAUCUUCUGGGGCUUUCUCAUCCUGCUCAGCGUCCUGGUGCCCAUGGCCAUGUUCAUUAUGGCCGAAUUCAUCUACCUGGGGAACAGCGUCUUCAUCAACUGGGACGAGCACAUGUACUAUGAGCCCCAGGACCUGCCCGCCAAAGCGCGAAGCACCAGCCUCAACGACCUGCUGGGCCAGGUGGAGUACAUCUUCUCCGACAAGACGGGCACGCUCACCCAGAACAUCAUGACCUUCAAGAAGUGCUGCAUCAACGGAGUUGUCUACGGCCCAGAGGAGACCCCAGGCAAGGAGAACCCCUUCCUCUGGAACGAAUUUGCUGAUGGGAAGCUGCUAUUCUGCAACGCGCAACUCCUGCAGGCUGUGCGGGCCAACCAGGACUGGAGGGUGCGCGAGUUCUGGCGCGUGCUGGCCAUUUGCCACACGGUGAUGGUGCAGGAGAAGAACAACCAGCUAGUGUACCAGGCAGCUUCCCCAGACGAGGAGGCACUAGUCACAGCAGCCCGAAAUUUUGGCUACGUGUUCCUGGCACGCACGCAGGACAGCAUCACCCUGAUGGAGCUGGGGGAGGAGUGCGUGUACCAGGUCCUGGCCAUGAUGGACUUCAACAGCAUCCGCAAGCGGAUGUCAGUGCUGGUCCGCAAGCCCGAGGGCUCCAUCUACCUCUACACCAAAGGGGCUGACACAGUCAUCUAUGAGCGCCUGCAAAAGAAAGGCGAGACAGAAUGGGCCACAGAGGAGGCCUUGGCCUCCUUUGCCAAGGAGACCCUGCGGACAUUGUGCCUGGCCUGCAAAGAGGUGGAUGAGGAGGUGUACGAGGAGUGGCGGCAGCGGCACCAGGAGGCUAGCAUCCUGCUGCAGAACCGUGCCCAGGCCCUGCACCAGGUGUACGAGGAGAUGGAGCAGAGCCUUCAGCUCCUGGGAGCCACAGCCAUCGAGGACAGGCUCCAGGACGGUGUCCUCGAAACCAUCAAGUGUCUCAAGCAGGGGAACAUCAAAGUGUGGGUCCUCACAGGGGACAAGCAAGAGACAGCGGUGAACAUUGGUUUUGCCUGCGAGCUGCUCUCAGAGAACAUGAUCAUUCUGGAGGAGAAGGAGAUCGUGCGGAUCCUCGAGGUCUACUGGGAGAACAACAACAACCUGCAAGGUGGAGAAAAGAAAGAGCUUCCCCUGCAGUUCAAGAUGGCCUUGGUCAUUAACGGGGAGUUCCUGGACCAGCUACUGCUGUCCCUGCGCAAGGAACCCCGAGCCCUGGUCCAGAACGUGAACGUGGACCCGUUGGAGUCCUGGCAGGAGCCAGGAGACGAGAGGGUGGACUUCCUGCAGGCCAGGCGCCUGUCCCUCAUGUGGCGGACACUGGGGAUCCAGCUGCGGAGCUCAGGGCUGGCGCCCCAGCACAAAGACUCCAAGACCCUCCAGAGCGCUGAGGAGCGGCGGGAGCAGGCCUUCGUGGAGCUGGCCUCCCGAUGCCAGGCGGUCAUCUGUUGCCGCGUGACGCCCAAGCAGAAGGCCCUGAUCGUGGCGCUGGUCAAGAAAUACCAGAACGUGGUGACCCUGGCCAUCGGAGAUGGCGCCAACGAUGUCAACAUGAUCAAGACUGCAGACAUCGGCGUAGGGGUGGCAGGUCAGGAGGGCAUGCAGGCAGUGCAGAACAGCGACUACGUGCUGGCCCAGUUCUGCUUCCUGCGGCGGCUGUUGCUGGUGCACGGACGCUGGUCCUACAUGCGCGUCUGCAAGUUCCUGCGCUACUUCCUGUACAAGACGCUGGCCGGCAUGAUGGUCCAGAUCUGGUUUGCCUUCUACAGCGGCUUCACUGCCCAGCCUCUGUACGAAGGUUGGUUCCUGGCGCUCUUCAACCUGCUGUACAGCACCCUCCCGGUCCUCUAUAUCGGGCUCUUUGAGCAGGAUGUGAGCGCAGAGCAGAGCCUAGAGUUGCCAGAGCUGUACAUCGCAGGCCAGAAGGAGGAGCUCUUCAACUACUGGGUCAUCCUGCAAGCCAUCGCCCACGGCACAGCCACCUCUCUGGUCAACUUCUUCACAACGCUGUGGGUCAGCCAGGACUCAGCUGGGCCUGUCAGCUUAAGUGACUACCAGUCCUUUGCAGUGGUCGUGGCCCUGUCCAGCCUGCUGUCCAUCACUAUGGAGGUCAUCCUAAUCACCAAGUACUGGACCGUCCUGUCUGUGCUGGCCAUUUUCCUCAGCCUCUGCUUCUACGUGGUCAUGACCAGCCUCACCCAGAGCAUGUGGCUUUUCAAACACUCCCCCAAGAACUUCCCAUUUCUAUACACUGACCUCAACGUGCUGUCCCAGCCCCCCAUCAUGCUGGUGAUCCUUCUGAAUGUGUCACUGAACACCCUGCCUAUGCUGGCCUUCCGUGUCAUUUACCAAGCCCUCAAGAAGCCACAGCGCAAGGAAGAGGUAGAGAAAGUCACAAGUGAGGAGAUCAUCGCUGUGGAGCCUGUGCCCUGUAUCCGUAGGGAGUCACCGGCCCGGCGCUCCAGCUAUGCCUUCUCCCAUCGGGAGGGCUAUGCUGACCUCAUCACGCAGGGCACGAUUCUGCGGAGGUCACCGGGGGUCAACAGUGACAUGCUGGUUGAUCACACAAUGCCACCUGAUGAACCAUCUGGGAGCAUGAAGGAGUCCUCGUGGUACCCAAGGAAGAUGUCAUUUCUGGGGAGGAAGAGGCACUCACACCAUGGGAAGGUGUCCUCUGAGGACAUGCAGCCUCCCUCUGAGGUGAGCUCCUUGACCAUGGAUAGGUGGUCUGCUCCUCAUCCCCAGCCUCUCAACAAAACCUGGCCAUCUGGAUCUUUACAGGAGAAGUUGCCAUAUUCUCCUGAGAACCUCCCGCCAACUGAGAUGCCACUGUCAGCUCUAGAGAGCCAAAUGACCUCUGUUGAGAGCCAGACGCUGCCUUCGAGCCAGCUGUCCCUGCAGAGCCAGCCAGCAUACCUGCCACAGGAGAAGACAUCCCUCUGGAAUAUCCGGAAACUGUCCUGGAAGAACUGGCCGUACGUCUGGCAAAAGGAGCCUGAGCCCCGCAGGGAGGGGAUAUUGCCAGUUUCCAGCUCAAACCUUAGUGCUGUGAUGGAAACUGUACCACCAAGUGCAAAAGGAUCAUCCAUCAGUGAGCAGCCAAUGGAGGUGGAGCCCUCACCUGUGGAGAGGGAGCCGUCUCCUAUGGAGUGGCUGCCAGAGCCCAGUGGGGACCAAGCUGCACCUGAUCUGGCAGAGCAGCUUCCCUGGCCCCUGGGGCAUCAGUGACUGCUCAGGCAUAGUAAGUGUCAUCUAGCAAGUAUGAGGCCAUCCCUUGAAGACAGGGCUCCACCGGCUCUUCUUUCCCUAAUAAAUCACAGUCUGUCUGA